AUGACGUUGCCAUGGAAACAGCUUCUCCUGUUAUCAAUCAUGGACUGUCUGGCAGAGUGCCUGGACAGUGUGUCGUUCCAUGGGCCCAGCUGGAGGAUGGAGCCCGGAGACCUUUUCAUCCCCGUGGACUCGAUCGAAGAAGAGGCGACUCUGACCUGUGACGCCAAGGGAAGCCCACCGCCUCAGUACAGAUGGUCGCUGAACGGGACCCUCAUAAAUCUGGGCUUGGAGCGGCGGCGGCGGCUGUCCGAGGGUAACCUCAUCAUCAGCAGUCUGGACCGGGUGCAGGACGUGGGGCAGUACCAGUGCAUGGCCUUCAACAGUGUUGGAGCCAUUCUAAGCCGCAGAGCCAGCCUGCAAUUCGCAUAUUUAGAUCAUUUUAAAGUGCACACCAGGAGCGCCGUGUCCGUUCGAGAGGGACAAGGAGUGGUACUGCUGUGUGGAACCCCCACUUCCUCAGGAGAUCUAACAUAUGCAUGGGUGUUCAAUGAGUACCCAUACUUUGUUCAGCAAGACAAUCGGCGGUUCGUGUCACAGCAGACUGGAAACCUUUACAUCUCCAAGGUGGAGCCAUCAGACGUGGGCAACUACACCUGUGUGGUCAUGAACAGUGUGACAAAGGGCAAAGUUCAAAGUUCACCCACCUCUUUGAUCCUCAGGACUGACGGCGUGAUGGGUGAAUAUGAGCCGAAAAUAGAAGUUAAUUUUCCAGACAAUGUAUCAGCAGCUAAAGGAUCAACGGUUACGCUGGAGUGUUUCGCCCUUGGAAAUCCUGUACCAGAAAUCACCUGGAAAAGAGCAAAUGGCGUUCCGUUCCCCAGCAAAGUUAAAAUGAAAUACUCCAAUGCGGUCCUGGAGAUCCCGAGCUUUCAGCAGGAUGACACUGGAGGCUACGAGUGCGUGGCAGAGAACAAGAUGGGCAAAAACAUAGCCACUGGCAAACUGGCCUUUUACGCCAAACCCCAGUGGAUUCAGACCAUGAAGGACACUGCCCUGGCCAUAGAGGAGCGCCUGUACUGGGAAUGCCGCGCCAAUGGAAAACCCAAACCCUCCUACACCUGGCUCAAGAACGGACAGCAACUGGUGCCAGAGGACAGGAUCCACGUGGAGGAGGGCGUGCUGUCAGUGUCCGUGCUCACAUUGGCGGAUGCGGGCAUGUACCAGUGCGUGGCCGAGAAUAAGCACGGGGUCAUAUACUUCGCCGCUGAACUCAUGGUUUUAGCCUCCCCUCCAGACUUCACAGGGAAUGUCCUCAGAGCCUUACUCAAAGCCAAGGCAGGAUCCACAGUAACACUGGAGUGCAAACCCCAGGCGUAUCCCAUGGCCAGCAUCCUGUGGAAGAAAGGGAACCUGCCCAUUCACACCAGUGACAGGAUUCGAUUGUCCCCUGACGGCACAUUAAGACUGGCCAACGUGAGCAAGUCAGACGCAGGCAGCUAUACGUGCUUCGCCAGGAAUAGAUUUGGCAUGUCUAGUACCACGGGGCGCCUGCUUGUUACUGAUCCUACUCGUAUCACGCAGGGCCCAUCAGACAUGGAGAUCAUUGUGGGCGAGAGCAUCGUGCUGCCGUGCCAGGUGUCCAGCGACCCUGUGCUGGACAUCUCCUUCUCUUGGGCCUUCAACGGACAGCUCAUCGCCAAGGACGACGGCCAUUUUGAGCUGGUGGGCGGGAGAACAGCAGGAGAUCUGAUGAUUAGGAAUAUUCAGCUUUACCACGCGGGCAAAUAUAUCUGCGUGGUCGACACUGAUGUGGAGAGCCUGUCAGCCGUGGCCGUAUUGAUCGUGAAAGGCCCCCCCAGCCCUCCAGCCGUGGUAACAGUGGAGGAGGUGACAGACAGCACGGCCCAGCUGGCCUGGAGUCCCGGCAGAGACAACGGCAGCCCCAUCAGCCAUUACCUCAUCCAGACCCGCACUCCUUUCACCGUGGGCUGGCAGAGGGUCAACACAGUCCCAGAAGUAAUAGAUGGGAACACAUUGACGGCUACUGUGGUGGAUUUGAACGCCUGGGUGGAGUAUGAGUUUCGGGUCUUGGCCAAAAACAGUGUGGGCGUUGGCGAGCCCAGUCCAGUGUCUGUGAAAACCAGAACAGAAGAUGCAGUUCCCGAUGCUGCGCCAGGCAACGUGGGCGGAGGAGGCGGGAGUCGAUCUGAAUUGGUCAUCACUUGGGAGCCCGUCCCAGAAGAACUACAGAACGGUGAGAGCUUCGGUUACAUCAUCGCAUUUCGGGCCUUUGGGGACGCGAGCUGGACCCACGUCGCCACCUCUGCCCCUGGAGCCGCCCGCUAUGUUUACAGAAAUGACAGCAUCUCACCCUUCUCCCCUUUCCAUGUCAAAGUGGGCACUUACAACAGCAAAGGACAGGGACCCUUCAGCCCUGUGGUCACCAUCUAUUCGGCUGAAAUUGAGCCAAGUGGGAUGCCAGCGGGGGUUUGGGCCAGAAGUGUCUCGGCCUCCGAGAUUGAGGUGAAUUGGCAGGCGCUCUUCUUCACCCCUGAAAGGGUUCUGGGCUAUGAGGUGGUGUACUGGGAGGAUGACACCAAACCAGAGACCAUGGGUAAAGUGCGUGUGCCGUGGAACCAGACGUCGGCCACAGUGAGCGGAUUGGCAGGGCACACCCAGUACUUCCUCACUGUGAGCGCAUUCAACACCGCAGGCACAGGGCCCUUUCUCCCCGCAAUCAAUGUCACCACCAAAAAACCACCUCCUGCCCAGCCCCCGCUCAACGUGGAAUGGACUUUAAUUGGCUCUCACCUGUCUCUCUACUGGGAGCCUGUGGUGGCGAUGGAGUCCGAGUCAGAAGUCACGGGCUACGAGCUGUCAUACAGGAGGCAGAGGCACAAAGAGGUGAACACACUCACCAUAAGUAACUCAUCGGCCGAGCUGACUUUACCGGAGGAGGACGAAGACUACAUCAUCCACAUCAGGACCAUGAGCAAGGGGGGCCUGGGACCAGCCUCAGACCCCAUCAGAGUUCACCAACUCAGUAUGAGUGCGCGUGGCUCCGGUGGUCAGCACCUUGCAAGAUUAACUUUGUAUUCAAUGUGA